ACCCCAUCCACACCGCACGCCCAGCAUGGCCUCGCUGCUCGACACGGACCUGUACAAGCUGACGAUGCAGGCGGCCGUGCUGCGUCACUUUCCCGACGCACACGUCGCCUACCGCUUCACCGACCGCGGCGCACUGCGCUUCCCGCCCGCGGCGCGCCAGGCGCUGCAGGCGGCCAUCGCGCGCCUGGCGCAGCUGGCACUCAGCGACGCCGAGGCGCAGUGGCUGCGGCAGCAGUGCCCCUUUCUGCCCGCCAGCUACGUCGACUUUCUGCGCUCGUUCCGCUUCCGGCCCGCCGAGCAGGUGCGCCUCGACACCGACGCCGAGGGCAAGCUCAGCGUGCAGGUCAUGGGCCUCUGGCGCGAGGUCAUCCUGUACGAGGUGCCGCUCAUGGCCGCCAUCUGCGAGGUGUACUACACGCAUGUGGACACGCAGUGGGACAUGCGCGGACAACGAGCACGGGCGGAGCAGAAGGCUCGCACGCUGGCAGAAGCGGGCAUUCGCUUCUCAGAGUUUGGCACUCGCCGUCGCCGCUCCUACGCAACGCACGUCGCCGUGCUCGAGGGCCUGAUCCGCGGCGCAGCCGCAGGGCCAGGCGCGCUGAUGGGCACCUCCAAUGUCCACCUCGCACGGCUCUACAACCUUGUGCCCAUCGGCACCGUCGCACACGAGUGGCCGAUGGCCGUCGCUGCGCUGCGCGGCUACGACGGCGCAAACGUGACGGCGCUGCGCCUGUGGGAGCAGCUGUUCGCGCCGCCAGCCUUUGAGGCACAGUCGCCGGCGCACGACCUGCGUAUCGCCCUCACGGACACGUUCAGCUCCGAGGUCUUCUUCCGCGACCUGAUGGGCAGCGAGGAGGGCAAGCAGAUCGCACGCAGCUGGCGUGGGUUGCGCCAGGACUCCGGCGACCCGGCGCACUUUGUGCGGCGCGCAAAAGAGGUGUACAAUGCGCUGGGCGUCGACUCACGGCAGAAGUUCGUCGUCUUCUCCGACGGCUUGAACGUCGCGCGCUGCCUCGAGCUGCAGAAGGUGGCGCAGGAUGUUGACAUCGGCGCGAGCUUCGGCAUCGGCACGUCGCUUACAAACGACUUCGCCGCUGUCUCCUCGCCAUCGCCCGAGGCUGACGUGGACUCGCUGGCGGGCCAAGACGACUCGGCCCCGCGGUCAAAGGCGCUCAACAUCGUGCUCAAGCUGCACUCCAUCGAGGGCCGCGCGUGCGUCAAGAUCUCCGACGAGCUGUCGAAGAACUCGGGCGACCCGAGCGAGGUCGCAGCGGUGAAGCGGCGCUUCGGCAUUGACGUGGCUGCCGAUGCGACCGAGGACGCCUAGUGGGGCAGCCGGAGAUGUGACAGAUGCGAUUGCUGCG